CUUGCAGAGCCGCAUGAUCCGAGAAAGAGAGAGAGAGUGAGUCGGGUGUCCUGUUCUUUUUCCCUUGACCAGUAGUCAACAAGAUGUGCGCGGAUUGGUGUUUCUGACACCCAAAAAUAACGGAACAACUAACUCCAACGAGACAAAGGACGGGAAGAAAUGAAAGCAUCGCGUUCGCAUUUAGCGCCAUCAUCGUCGUCCUCGCCAUCUCCCUUCCUCUUCUUUCGUGCAACGUGAUCUCCAUCUUUGUCUCGGACGCAAGCUUCGUCAACCCUUUUCGUCGCCUGCAAUUCCUACGCACUUUUAUACCAGUUGUGUGAUUGAUGAGACCUAUUUGGAUGAGGUAAAAGCUGUGAAGUGGUCCUGAUUGGUUUUUGCUUUUAUGGGCAACGCAUGCCAAGGAUCUCUCCAUGAGAAGUACUUUCAGGGCUACGAUCAGCCCCUAGAGAAUUCCACCGAUCCCAGGAGGAACCCGCCAUCUGAUCGAUCCAAUUACAGUCACUCGCUGUCUUGCUUGACCUCUGAGAAGCUUGGGGCGCCAGAGUUUGACGGAAAGAAAGAUAGCAAACGUAACGAUAAUUCACCGCUCGUUAGUCCUUGUAAGAAAGAUAUUGUCAUGAGGAGGAGCGCUGAUAACCAGGCUUAUUAUGUAUUAGGCCAUAAAACUGCUAACAUCAGGGACCUCUACACGCUAGGUCGUAAGUUGGGACAGGGUCAAUUUGGGGUUACUUACUUAUGCACGGAGAAUGCCACGGGUAUGGACUAUGCAUGCAAGUCGAUCACAAAGCGGAAGUUGAUAUCUAGGGAGGAUGUGGAGGAUGUUAGGAGGGAGAUCCAGAUAAUGCACCAUUUAGCUGGUCAGAAGAAUAUCGUCACAAUUAAGGGUGCUUACGAGGAUCCAUUGUACGUCCACAUCGUUAUGGAGCUCUGCUCUGGUGGUGAGCUGUUUGACCGGAUUAUCCAGAGGGGGCAUUAUAGUGAGAGGAAGGCCGCUGAGCUAACUAAAAUCAUAGUUGGGGUUGUUGAGGCUUGCCAUUCACUCGGAGUAAUGCAUAGAGACCUGAAGCCUGAGAAUUUUCUGCUGGUCAACAAGGACGACGAUUUCACUCUCAAAGCCAUCGACUUUGGGCUCUCAGUUUUCUUCAAACCAGGGCAAAUAUUUACUGAUGUGGUUGGAAGUCCAUAUUAUGUUGCCCCUGAGGUACUUCUAAAGCAUUAUGGGCCAGCAGCAGAUGUGUGGACAGCAGGUGUAAUUUUGUACAUCCUGUUGAGUGGCGUGCCUCCAUUUUGGGCAGAAACGCAGCAGGGAAUCUUCGAUGCUGUGCUGAAGGGACACAUAGACUUCGACUCAGAUCCGUGGCCCCUAAUAUCCGACAGUGCCAAGGACCUGAUCAGGAAGAUGCUAUGCUGCCGACCUUCAAAUCGCUUGACAGCUCAUGAAGUAUUAUGCCAUCCAUGGAUAUGCGAGAAUGGAGUUGCCCCGGAUAGAGCACUAGAUCCAGCAGUUCUAUCUCGGCUCAAACAUUUCUCUGCAAUGAAUAAGUUAAAGAAGAUGGCUCUGCGGGUAAUUGCUGAAAGUCUCUCUGAGGAGGAGAUUGCUGGUUUGAAAGAAAUGUUUAAAGCAAUGGAUACAGAUAACAGUGGAGCGAUCACCUUUGAUGAACUUAAAGCUGGUUUACGAAGAUAUGGUUCCACGAUGAAGGACACGGAGAUACGUGAUCUCAUGGAUGCUGCUGAUGUUGACAACAGUGGAACGAUAGACUAUGGCGAAUUCAUAGCUGCAACAAUUCACCUUAACAAAUUUGAACGUGAAGAGCACCUCAUUGCAGCCUUUCAGUACUUCGACAAGGAUGGAAGUGGUUAUAUUACAGUUGACGAGCUCCAGCACGCUUGCUCCGAGCAUAAUAUAACUGAUGUUCUCAUUGAAGAUAUCAUCAGAGAAGUUGAUCAAGAUAAUGACGGAAGAAUCGAUUAUGGUGAAUUCGUCGCCAUGAUGCAAAAGGGGAAUGCUGGAUUCGGGAGACGAACAACGACAAACAGUUUAAACAUUAGCAUGAGAGGUCCUCAGGGUGCUGUGUAGCAUCCAGUUGAGAAUGUCCAGCAGAGGUAUAAGCCUAGAAGGUUCAUGUCAGCCUUUUGACUUAACAGCAUUUAUUCUGACAAAUAUUUGAUUGAUCAAAUCUUCUUCCAUAGUUUUCUGACUGGCGGAUAGCAGAAUUGGGAAGAGAAAAAUUAUGAUGAUGAUUGCAGAGUGGUUUUACUUCCUCGAUAGUUUCUAACUCAUUUUUUAUGGAGCAUUUCCCUGUUAUUCUCUUGCGCCCUGUAUGGUUGAAGAAGGCAAUGUCCAAACUGCCUUCAGUUGUACAAUUGUAUAUGUCUCGUACUUAUUUGAGCUGCUAAAUUUUCGGAAAUCUCUAUGUGGGGAGCCUUAUUUCGUCCAAAAGGAAAUGUAACUAGAGUGUUCUGGUUUUCUUUGAUUCA